GAACCACGUACAGCGUUUAAACACCUUGAACCCUUCUGAUUCCAGCUUUUAUGCAAUGCGACUCCCAGUUUUCUCACUCCGGAACCCGACAAUGGCAUCCGGCUCGAACUCUCUGAUGUGGUUCAGAAAGGGGCUCCGUAUCCAUGACAAUCCUGCGCUGGAGUAUGCUGCAAGGGGGUCGGAUAAUUUGUAUCCGGUGUUCGUGAUCGACCCCCACUAUAUGGAGCCCGACCCCAACGCAUUCUCCCCUGGCUCGAAACGUGCCUCGUUGAAUCGGAUCAGGUUCUUGCUUGAAAGCCUGGUGGAUCUCGACUUGAAUCUCCAAAAAUUGGGCUCGCGUUUGCUGGUGCUCAAUGGUGAGCCAAGCGAGGUCUUGUUCCGCUGCUUGAAAGAGUGGAGCAUAAAGAAGCUAUGCUUUGAGUUCGACACAGAGCCUUAUUAUCAAGCUUUGGAUAAUAAAGUUAGGAAAUAUGCUACUGCAGCUGGUAUAGAAAUUUUCUCUCCUGUGAGUCAUACACUCUUCAAUCCUGCAGAUAUUAUCCAGAAGAAUGGUGGAAAGCCACCUUUGAGUUAUCAAUCUUUUGUUAAACUUGCCGGGGAGCCAUCUUGGGCCUCAUCCCCCAUUUCAACUGAGCUUACCUUGCUUCCUCCUGUUGGAAGUUUUGGAAGUUGUCCAACCACAGAAGUUCCAACAAUUAAGAACCUGGGAUAUGAGGACACAGCAGAGGAUGACAGGACUCCCUUCAAAGGUGGUGAAUCUGAAGCAUUAAGAAGGAUGAGAGAAUCAAUGUCAAACAAGGAGUGGGUGGCUAACUUUGAGAAACCCAAGGGGGAUCCAUCUUCAUUUGCAAAACCAGCAACAACUGUUUUAUCACCUUACUUAAAAUUUGGUUGUCUGUCUUCAAGGUAUUUCUACCAGUGCAUUCAAGAGGUUCAGAGAAAUGUCAAAAGGCACACAUCUCCUCCAGUUUCCCUCCUUGGACAGCUGUUAUGGCGAGAUUUCUUCUACACAGUUGCCUUUGGGACUCCUAAUUUUGAUCAGAUGAAGGAUAACAGGAUUUGCAAACAGAUACCAUGGAAAAAUGAUGACAAACUGCUGUGUGCUUGGAGAGAUGCUAGGACAGGAUUUCCAUGGAUCGACGCCAUAAUGGUUCAGCUUCAAAAGUGGGGCUGGAUGCACCAUCUUGCCAGGCACUGUGUUGCCUGUUUUCUAACUCGUGGAGAUCUGUUUGUGCAUUGGGAAAAAGGGCGAGAUGUUUUCGAGAGACUUCUUAUUGAUUCAGACUGGUCAAUCAACAACGCAAACUGGUUGUGGCUAUCAUGCUCGUCAUUCUUCUACCAGUAUAACCGCAUCUAUUCUCCAAUCUCAUUUGGGAAGAAAUAUGACCCUAAUGGCAACUUUAUUAGGCACUUUCUCCCAAUACUAAAAGACAUGCCUAAGGAGUAUAUUUAUGAGCCAUGGACAGCGCCUCUAAGCAUACAAGUUAAAGCAAAAUGCAUUAUUGGAAAAGAUUAUCCAAAGCCAGUCGUCGACCAUGAUCUUGCAAGUAAAGAAUGCAAGCAGAUAUUGUACGAAGCAUAUGAGCUGAACAAAAGGUUAAAUGGGAAGGUGACUGAAGAAGACCUGAAAAAAUUGAGAAGAAAAGUGGAGGAAGAUCAGAGGCAGGAGCCGAAGUCCAAGAGGCUAAAACAGACUUAGCUGACUCACAUUUGACUUGAAUCUGAAUCGUAGGUGCUAUACUACGAUUGCAGUGGAAUUAUCUAUUCUAUAGUUUUGUAUUAGCCUUAUGAUUUAUUAGAUUCCACUAUUGAGGCACUUGGAAGUAGAUGUCCUUGUGGAUGCAGCUUCAAGCAAUAUGAAAAUUGUAAAUUUUCAUAUUGCUUGAAGCUGUGUGAUUUACUGGAUUUCAAGAGGUCUGAUAUGGCCUCAAAAUUUGGAAGUUUUCGAACAGUGAACGUGUGUAUUCUGGUAUUACAGAUUACUUUGUUCAAUGCGAAAAGUUGUCUUGAAAGCUUAUCGAAAGAAUUCCCCUCCUCAGAUUGUCUACUCCCUCCAUUUGU